GGGGAGCGUCGCCCUGCUGUGCCAGCACCUGCCCAGGAAAGGGGGUGCAGGCAGGCAAGGGGUCAUGCUAUGCUCGCUGGGCAGGUGACAGCCCCCCGCUGCUGCCCUGACACGCACCGAGAGCCGGGGGCCGAGCCAUGGCCAGGGAGCUGAGCCAGGAGGAGCUGCUGGAUUUCCUCUGCCAGGCUGGGGGGCGAGUGACCAACGCCGCCUUGCUGGGGCACUUCAAGCGCUUCCUGCGGGACCCCGGGCCGGCUGGGCAGGUGCAGCAGCGCCGGGAGCAGUUCAAGAGCCUGGUGAACUCGGUGGCCACGGUGAAGCAGGAGGCGGGCGGCGGCCCCAAGUAUGUGGUGCUGAGGAAAAGGUACCGGGACCUGCUGGGCGAGGAACUGGGGCCACCUGCCACGGAGCCGCCCCCGGGGCCCGGGCGGUGCCAGGGGCAGGGCCUCGCCGGUGCGUCCCCAGGGCAGGAGGCGGCUCCUCCAGCCGCCCAGCCAGGGAGCGGAGCGGGCUCCCCGGGGAGCGGGGCGCGCUGCGGGCUCCAGGAGCAGCCGCGCCCGGCACCCCCCGGCCGCCUCCCCCGGGAUCACCCCCGCUCCUGCCCGGGCGCAGCUGGCCGGGGGGCUCCCGGCCUCCCCCAGGCUGACUCAGGGAGGCAGGGAGCGGAGCCGCCUCCUGCCCCGGCUUGGGCCGGCGGCGGCCAGGGGCACCCCCAGGAGCGCUGCGCCCCGAGCCCCGAGCUGCGCCGGGCUGCCCCGCACGCCCUCCCCGGGGCGCCGCGGGCUCACGGCCCCUGCGCUCCCGCCGGGCUCCAGCAGCAGCGGACCCAGGAGUGGGUGGAGAGGAACCGGGGUGCGGGGCAGGCGGCCCCGGACAGCUGCUCCGCUCCUCGCUCGCCCGACGGCACCUGCCCUGCCCCGGCCCCGCCGCCCCCCGAGGCUGGCUGGAGAUGCCCCCCGCCCGUCUUCCGGAGCAUCCGGUGCCAGCUGGCCCUGCAGGACCUGGAGGACUUCGUGGAGCAGGCGAGCCCCGGGAGCGAAGAGGGCGGCGGGGGUGGCACCGGCAGCGAGGGGAGUGACUCUCCGCUGGAGGCAGGGGACAGGGGUGCCAGCCCCGCCGGGGGAGCAGGCGAAGGGCCCAGGGACCCAGGGGCGCUAGACUCACGCUGCCAGCAGCUCAGCAAUGGGGCACCCAGCGACCGCUACCUUCGCAGCCAGCGCCCAGCCAACAGGCAGGUGGUGGAGGUGAAUGGCACCGCGCCCUGCACCCGCCACUCCUUCCGGAGCAAGAGCACCCACAGGAGCACCAGGGUGUCCUCCUCCGAGGAUGAGCUGAGGGACCAGGACCAGGGGAGGAGAGGCCGGCGCCCCCGGAGGUCCAGGAAGAUGGCCAAGGGGGCAAUAUUGGCUUCCCCAGGUGUGGACACUCCCAUCACUUUCCAGUAUUUGGGCUCUGUGCAAAGACAGACUUGUGUGCCCACAGAGGAGGUGCUGCCAGUCCCCCACAGCCCUCUGGACCCCAGGCCCUCCUCCGUGCCGCUACACCCCAGGGAACACAACUGGAUUGUCAUGGUGGCUGCUGGCUCCUGGGUGCAGGUCCAGGCGCUCUUCCUGGAAGAGCCCCAGCUUGCUUUGCAGAGGGACUUUAUCUCCGGCUACACCGCGCUCCACUGGAUCGCCAAACAUGGAGCCAACCAAGUGCUCCAGGACUUGGUCAGUGGGGCCGAGAAAGCGGGCACCCCCCUGGAUGUGAAUGUGAAAUCCAGCUGCGGCUACACCCCAUUGCACCUCGCAGCCAUCCAUGGACACCAGAGGACCAUGAAGCUGCUGGUCCAGAAAUUGAACUCCAAGGUCCAUGUGCGGGACAGUAGUGGAAAGAGGCCUUGGCAAUACCUGAGCAGCUCAACCUCUGGAGAAAUGUGGCAGCUGCUGGGCGCUCCCAAGGGCAAGACAAUCUUCCCUACCCAGCCCUUAGUCAGACCCUCCUCACCCCCCAGAAAGGCCAAGAGCCAGGAGGUGGCCAGGAGCAUCAGCAGGAAAACCUCCCUUGCGGCCUGCCUGAAGCCAAAGCACGUGAAAUGGAAAAUGGCUACCAAGUACCCCGCCCUGAGGGAGCGGGAGGAGUAUAGUGACUGACAAGGCAGCAGGGCCAGCCCGAAGUGGGGAGCACAUGUACAAGACUUGUGUAUAGGCUACAGAGCCCUUCUAGGCAGGUUGUUUGUUUGCACAGUGCAGGGUCAGUCUAGAGGUGGAGGAGAGGGGGCACUUCCUGGUUAACUAACUCUUACACUUUAACUACUUCUGGAUCCUUUUCUGGCCUAUUUUUGAUAGACAAUCCAUCUAGAAACCUUCUGUCCAAUCAGCUAAUGCUGUGACAACUCCCUGCCAUAGGAGAUAGCCAACUCUGGGAGGCAGCUGAGGGCACUCGCUCCCUGAAGCUUAGCCAUGACCUGCAACUGGGAUACUUGAGAUCUCCGACUACUUCCCCCCCCCCCCCCCCCCCAUGGCCCCUAGUUCUGGCAGUUAGUCUCAGAAGCAGGUCUUUAGAUGCUGGUAAGGUGGGGUGGUGAAAGAUCUGCAAGGGAGUAAGUAGUGAUCACAGGAAGAAAAGAUUUGAGAAACCCUAAAUCAUCCCUAUUGGACCUGGCCUCCAGAUUGAAACCAAGAGCAGAGUGUGAGCUAAAACUCAUCUUCAGGUACUUCCUGCUGUGGAGGGAGAUCAUCCCCCAAACAAUAACCGAAACAUUCACGUGUCAGGGGGUGGGGUGGGGAAGGGGAUGAUUAAGUUGGAACAUCAUAUGCACUAGGCAAGUUGCCAGCCAAGAUAAUUUAUUUGCCUAUAGAAGGGUGUGUGAGGAGAGACUGGAGACACUUUCCUUGGGAAUGUUAAUGAGAGAUGAAGAAUCCCUGGCACCUAGAGACCCAACCUUUAAAGCUGCUUUGAUGAAAAUCCAACAUUUGUUGUUUCAGUGUAGAUCAAAAGAGUGACUGAAAAAGGCACUGUCACAAAGAUGAGACAUAUGGCUAAUCUGGUUAAAAAACAAUGUUUUUAAAUUAACAAGGUUCAUAAAGCGUUUUUUUUUUUUUUUUUUUUUUUAUAAUGUGGAUUCAUUAGUCAUUAAUCAUGCUGCCAGUUAGUGUUUUAAUUUUCUUUCCAGAAAAUGUUUGAUCAACAGAGCAGGGUGUCUGAUGUUCUUAUUCUUUUCAUCCACAGCUGAGGAAUCUUUGAGGGCUUUCACAUCUUCCUAACACACAUACGCACGCACACAACAAUCCUGCUCCUUGGGUGCCGGGCUACUUGUCCAAUGCCAACUUUGUUAGUGCUGUUGCAUUUAUGCCACCUGCCUGUCUUUCAUAUUUGCACAGGCAAUUAUUCCUAAAUGCAGCUGGCUUGUUUUUGAUAGUUUUGAAAACUAGAGGAAUUCUCCAUUUGAAUAUUCUAUGGAACAAGUUGUGGGGUUUUUUUUUUGUUUUGUUUUGUUUUUGAUAGGAAGUGUGUAAAACAUGUACGGUACCAUAGUUAAACCUGAAAAAAGAAUGUUAAUCCUAGUUAUGGUACUGUAUGGCUGCUAUGUGUUUGGCAGUUGCACUUCCUUCAUGGUGGGUAAUGAAAAGAGACCAGCUCAUUUCUGUUCUAGGUUUUCUCUGACAGGCACAAUGCUCUGAAGUCUUGGGUUGCAUGCGGUGCUGGGGGAGCUGUUGCUGUUUACAUGGGCUGGUUUUUGUUUUUUGUUUUUCUUCAGUUUAAAAGAAAUUUCAUGAGUCUAAAUUUGGAAUAAUAUUUUACAAAACCUAAAGUGGGGGGCAAGUUUAGACAUUGGCCCUUGAUGGAUUUUAAUAUUUCAAGCAAGGCCUUAACUCACUUUAAAAGCCAAAAGCCUUAAAGAGCAGGUGGAGAGCACCUUGCAGUUCCCAGGGGCCUUUGGUCUGUGAAGUCUCUGGGUGGGGUGGAGGUAAGAGCAGACACGCUAGGGUGUGACACUCAUUCCAGAGCUGGUUCAUUCCAAGCCACUCCACACCCACCUUCUUUACAGACUUCAGCACCAUGGGGUGUGCUAACAGUCUGCUGCUGUACCUCCCUGCUCACUUCAGGGGUGACACUCACAUAUUGUAGAUGACCAGUCCCCUGAAGGUGGAAGGCCACAAUAGCAGCCCAUGAGGGUCACAGCCGCAGCUGGGCUAUGGACCGAGACAGACAUUUAUGCAGAUUUUUCUAUCAUGUAGAUUUAGUAGGGCCAAGGCAGCCUUGAUCACUUACCCACUUAUUCCCUGACAAAUAUCCCUGCAGUCAAUACUGAGCCUGGGCCUGAUUCCCUUUCCCCCCCCCACCCCCCCAUGCUCUGAGUGACUCCCACUUCCUGCAGCUGGAGAAUGGGUCCCUAUAGCAUUCACUCCCGUGGGCCCUGCUUGAUCCCAGCUGUCCCUGUUGGGGGUAGAUGAGCAGGGCAGAGCUACAGCCCAGAGGAUAAGGGCCAUGGGGUCGAUAAGGGCGCCAGUGAAGUCAGCCAUCCAUAGCGAUGGCUUGGCUCUCCUUAGAAGCCCUGACCCUUCUAGGCAGCUGUUCCGAGGCUGCCAGGACACUUGUACAUAUUGAGGUGUGUGCUCCCCGCCCAUGCUGGUGGGCGAACCAUGCUCAUGUGUGGCAGGCAAUCGCCUGCCGAGGAAGGGCUAGAAACCUUGUCCUUCAUCUUACAAAAAAUAUCCAAACCCACAGGCUUCCAUCACCUAAGCGCAAGGAUCUCUCUCCUGGCUGAAUACCAGCUACCAGCGGGUGAUAUCACACAGACCCUGAUCCUACAAACACGUGCUUAACUUUACUACCAUCACUAAUCUCACCUGAGUAGUAAAAGCAAGCGUUUCCCAUAACCUAUGCACUGUCCCAGGCAUCUCAAACUCAAAUCACCACGAGGGCCACACAAGGACUAGUACAUUGGCCCGAGGGCUGCAUCGCUGACACCUUUUCAUACAAAGAUACAAAAGCCCCACCCCCAUUCCAACCCCUUCUCCAAAGUCCCCACCCCAACUCUGCCUCCUCCCUGCCCCUAUUCCAACCCCUUCCCCAAAUCCCCUCCCUGGCCCUGCCUCCUCCCCUGAGCACGUGGCUCCCCGCUCCCCCCUCUCCCUCCUGGAAAGUCCUAAGUGCCACCAAACAGCUGUUUGGUGGGAAGCACUGGGAGGUAGGCAAAGGAGUGGGGAUGCGAUGCACUCGGAGGGGACGUGGGGGGUGACGGGAGCUAUAGCGGCCCGCAGGAAAUAACUCCGUGGACCACGUGUUUGAGACCCCUGCACUAUACCCUGUUAGUGUGUAACCUCAGGGGCUCUAUGAGCGUGAAUGCACAAAACUUCUGACUUGACUUUACCCGUUGCAUGGAUUUUUCAGUAGGACAAGGCCAUGAUCUGCCCUGUAUUUGCAACCCAGCGGCUGCAGCAUUGUAGUAGAGCAUUAGUACUAGAAAGUGAAAUUGGCUAGAAGCGGACUGUACUGAAAGUGACACUGCUGAGUCUAUUUUCAUCAUCCAAGCUGAACAGAUGUCACCAAGUUAAACCAAGAGCGCAUAAAGAGCAACUUCGUUUAUUAAAAAUGAAAAAAUAUUAAAAAUCUAAGAUGUUAUCCAGAACCAGGGAAGGAACUUUUAAACUGGCUUCUGGAAGUUCAGUCUUGGCAAAAGGAAUGGGCCCAGCAAGAAUCAAUUACAACUGAAGAAUCAUAUUAAUAAAACUUCACCUAUUAAUUCCCUUAAGAAAGUCUCACAUAGCCACUAAAAACAAGUAUAGUUGAACCUUAAGGUAAAAUUCCAAGAAGCACCCUCCUGCAGCUACUGAAGAAUGGCUGUAUAGUUCUGGCUCAUUAGCUUUUGCUGGGUUAUGUUUAUAUUUCUGGGUACGAAGGGUGAGAUUUUUCAAGCAAUCGGAGGGAAUUAGGUGUCCAAUUCAAGGGACCAGGCACCCAUGGGUGUUUUUGAAAAUCUCAGCUUAUAUUAAUGUUCACCUGCAAAACGACAGCAUUUGAGUAAAAGCUGAAAUCCUUCCUUCCUGCUCCCGGCCCUUUGCAGCAACUCAUUGUAUCGGAUCAUUGUUCUGAGUCCCUGCCGACAUCAGGCGUAGGAUAGGGCCCUGCAUCAGCUGCAGGAACUCUGCUUCUAGGCCGAGACCUUGUUUGAACUUGAAAUACUUAAGACAAAUUUUGAUGGACCUCUCCUCCGUUUGCUUAUCUGGUUCUCUUUUGAACCCAGUGGUACUUUUGGCCUUCACAACAUCCCCUGGCUAGGCAUUCCACAUGUUAAUUGUACAAAGUACUUUUUCCACACAAUGCAAAAUUAACUUGUGGCACUCAGGGCCCUGGGCUGAGGUGCUGGCCAGAAGUAUAACUGGGUUAAAAAAACAACUAGGUCAUUUCAUGGAGAAUAGAUCCGUCAAUGGCUAUUGGCCAACAUGGUCAGGGAUGCAACCCUCCGCUUGGGGUAUACCUAAACCUCUGACUGCUAGAAGAGGAAAAUGGGGUGAAUCCAUCCAGCUGCCCUGUUCUGUACACUCCCCCUGAAGCCCUGGUACUGUCCAUUGUCGGAGACCGGCUACUCUAGAUGGACCAUUGAUCUGACCCAGUAUGGCCGUUCUUAUGUUCUUAAGUGUCUGAAAAAGUGAUUGUAUAAUGGGAAUGCUGACAGAACCUUCACUCAAAUGGGGCCGGCAGAUGAAUCUCUUUGAUCUUUUACUACAGGAUUGCUUAUGAGUCCAGUGGCUGCUGCCAUUAAUAAUACCUAGCUCGUAUGACACCUUUUUUAAAGCAUUCAGUCAUUUCAUAUAGGCACAGACAUUCACUUCACCCACAAAGUCUGAGUAGUCAGGCUUUCUGCAGGCAAAGUCUACAGGAGUGAAGAGGGUGAAAUCCAUCCUUUGAUCUGUAGGUACAGCAUGGAGUCACAGAACAGUUCCCCUCCCUGCCCCACUCCCCCUUAGCUAGCAAUCCAGCCUAUAGUCUGGAGUAGCUGCUACAACUGCAGCACCUUUCCUCGCCGGGAACUAGGACCAGCAGAUCUGUGGAUCUGAGAGCGUCCCCCACAACAUGCAGAAUGUGGAGAUUCCCCAGAACCCCCAUGCCCAUCCCUCUCACAGGGUGCAAAUGUGAGGCUUCUGGGGUACAUUUCACACAAAGAAUUAAAUGGAUUUUGCAAUGAAAGGGAAAAAUCCUGAUUCUGUUGAAGUCAAUGGGAGAUUUGCCAAUUACUUUAGUGGAGCCAGGAUCUCACCCACCAGAUUUAGAGUCUAUGGCGAUUGAUCUGACCGCUGCAUCUUGGUGCUGUUGCCAGCAUAGUCUGAGAAGCAAGUGCUAAAGAAUCUCCCCUUCAGGCUGGUCAAAAUGCUGCGUUGUCUUUGGCAAGAACCUGUGAUGAAGCUCAAGCCAGGAAGAUUCCAGCUCGUUUUCCAGAGCCGGGGAGCAUACAAGGGGGUCCAAUUAAACUUGCUCCCCCUUUAUGUAUAAAACUGAGCAAACUUCCCAUGAAGCCAUUGAGACACAUGAACAUGGGACCCCUACAUACAGUCACUUUUCAGAUUAAAACUACACUAGCAAGAGAUGUAUGAAAACAGCCUAGACAAGUCAGAGCCUUUCGGCUUUGCGAGAGUCCAUGUAAAUGGUAAGCUGCUCUCUAAGCCCUAAGUGUACAUUCUGAAUCAAAGGACUCCAAGUGGGUAACGUACUGCCUUGUCUCAGCUCUAUUUUUAUGAGCCGGGGGCUGGGGCCAAUGACUGGGGACUACCUCAGAAGUGGUGAGCUCUCAGUACAACGAAUACCCUGAAAGGUUUUAGUGCAAUUGGAAAAUGGUUCCUGUGCAAAGAAAUACAGUGAAACCUUCCUAAUUCCCCUCUGGUGACUAGGAGAGUCUUCGCAUAUUAACACAUUCUGCGAAGCAGAGAGUAAGGGAACAAAUGCAAUGUGAAGAUCUGAAUAAAUCAAGGAAACUGCCUC